GGCUCAGAGACCGUAGGCCGUCGCCGGGCGUGAUGGAGGAUUUCCAAAGUCUCGUCGCAGAGAUAUUGAAGGAUGCGGAAGGAAAGCUUCUAGCAGCCCAUGAGAAGCAGGUGGAGAAGCUAAAGGCCUCGUGGACGGCAACGGAGAACCCGGAGAACCCCGAGGAGAACGUCGAGGACAACGAAGGUCAUGGCAGCGGGGAUGAAUCACCCAGCUCGCCAAGGCAUUUUCAGCUUUGGAGCACCUACACCAAAGCUCAGAACUUUGCGAUGUGCCUGAAGGAAGAGGAGGAGUCGGAAGACCUCAUGACCACCCAAGAUACGGACGAGUUUGCCAAGGAGCUGGAGCAAGAGCGGCUCUUGUUGGCGAAGGCCAAAACGCCCUGGUGGGUGUUGAGCCCCAACAGCCCCAAGCGGAUCUGUUGGGAUCUCACCGGAGUGCUCAUUCUCCUUUACGAUCUCAUCAUGAUCCCCAUGUACACCGCCUUUCCCUUGGCACCGAACGUGUUUCUCUCCUUGAUGACGGGUGUGACGUUGGGCUUUUGGACCUUGGACAUCUUGGCGUGUUUCUGCGUGGGCUACUACGCCCGCGAUGGGACCUUGGUGGUGAGCCUUCGAAAGAUCGCCAAGCAGUAUCUGUUCACGUGGUUCCCGCUCGACGUGAUCAUCGUGAGCAUUGAUUGGAUCAUCGUUCUGGCGCUCAUCUCUGAAGAGGAGGGCAAAAGCGCUGGGCUCAUGCGUGCGGGAAAGAUGCUCCGCGCGCUGCGGGUGCUCCGCACGCUGCGCCUGCUGCGCUUGGCGAAGCUGCGGCAGCUCCUGAACAAGCUGCAGGACCAGGUGGAUUCCGAGCACAUUUCCGUGCUCUUGGACAUUGUCAAACUCUUGAUUCUCAUUUGUUUCAUCAACCACUUCAUCGCUUGCGCCUGGUAUUUGGUUGGGUGCAACCCGCCUUCACAGUCGAACUCCUGGCUUGCGGUGGAGUUUGGACACCACGAUUGUGAGGACCCCAUGGAUGACCAGUUGUUGUACAAGUACACCACUAGCAUGCAUUGGUCUCUGACUCAAUUUACUCCCGCCUCCAUGAGUGUUCAGCCCACGAACACGGUGGAGCGCAGCUUCGCGAUCGGCGUGCUGCUCUUCGCGCUCUUAGUCUUCUCCUCCUUCGUGGCGAGCCUCACCGGAGCCACCACCAGCUUGCGGAAGAUGACAGGACGGCACUCCUCGCAGCUGUGGCUCCUGCGCAAGUUCCUGCGACAGCGGGAGAUCACCUUGGACCUUCAGGUCCGAAUCAAUCGAUAUAUCAACGUGGUGCUCACCACCACCGAGAAGAGCGUCCAAUAUUCGGAUGUGAAACUCUUUGGAAUGCUCUCUGGACCGCUGCACAAUGAACUGCGGACAGAGCUGAAUAAGCCUCGCUUGUUAGUCCAUCCCUUCUUUGUGAAUAUGAUGGACAAGUUCGAAGCCUUGAUGCGAAAGGUGUGCUUCAAAGUGCCCAGCCAAGUCUCCUUGAGCCGCGCCGACAUCCUCUUCUCCGCCGGUGAGGAGGGCAAGUCCAUGUAUUUCUUGAGCAGUGGGAGCCUGGACUACAUGCAGCACGAGACCAAGGAGUUCGAACAGGUGAAAGCCAACGAGUGGUUUUGCGAAGUGGUUUUGUGGACCCCAUGGGUGCACCAGGGGCGACUUCGAGCCAAGAUCGAGACGGAGCUCAUCGAGCUGAGCAGCGAGAAGUUCCGGGAGGUGGUCGCGGAGUAUCCCAAGCACCUCUCCUUCAUGAGGAUGUAUGGUCUUUCCUUCUUGGCCCAGCUCCAUGAGCUGUACCUGGAGAAGGAUCAUCACCUGACUGAUUUGGACAUGAACAUUGCAGUCAGCGAGAAGAUGACGGACUUUUUGCAGCUCGAAUUGGCUGCAGAUGAUGACACACAAACGGUGGUGAGCGCCGCAUCCGCCUUCUUCGUAUGGCCCACGAAAACCAACUCGAAGGAGACUGAGUUCCCACAGGUGGGCCCAAGAUAUGUCCGAGCGAAGUCGAGGUACAAGCUCACCUCCAGCGAGAGCAGUGUGUUCGACGAUAACUCCCCAACGAAGAGCUACCUGGGGGACGAGGCCUCAGCGAGAAGCUUGGAGGAGGACAUUGAGAUCUGAGUGGCAAAUCAUCGCCCCAAGAGCACGCGGCGACCAGACCGGACCGAUCGGAAUGAGGCAGG